AUGGAACCAUGGGAUCUUGUUGAAAUCCAUGGACUGGUGACGGCAACACAACUCAAUGGAAAGUUUGCCUUCAUUCGAAGCUAUGAGAAGGAGGAAAAGCGAUACCAGGUAGAGAUCAAACCGGACCAACCACCAGUAUUGAUCAAGCGUAGGAAUGUGAAGCUGGUCAGACAGAUUACCCAACAAGUUGUGAGAAUGAAUGUUGACCAAGGUGGCACCCUCAAGGGUGGUGAAGAUGAUUGGGAUACUUUGCUGAGCUUUGAAUGGAUUGACGCAUCAGAACCUAGCAUUGACGUCGACCUAGACCACACCAUGGAAGACUUUGCAUGGAAGCCAUCCUCAAAUUGCAAGGAAGUCUCAAGGAAAGAUCUGGAACAGAGUCGAGACAAAAACCUUUUAAGAAAUUUGUGGAGCAGGUAUCCAAUUGGGACUUCUAUGGCAAAAACCAAAGCAUUGACACUCAGAAAGGUUGCCAAUCACUCGAUACAAUUCACAAGGGAAUGGAAGAGGCAGAAGGUGAUGCUGACUUAUACUACUCGAUACUGA